AUGUUCGAGCGAAUUCUGGGCAUAUUCAUCUUCAUACUGUACUUAUUCGAUACUGUAUUCGCUUUUGAUGAGAAAAAUAAUGGCGGAAAAGGUAUGGAGAAGGCUUUUACAUUUAAGGGUGUGGUCUUUCUCGAGAGUUUAGCUAUGCCAAACUUAUGCCACCUAACGCGAUUAAGCCGAAGACGAAUUAUUUCCCAAUAA